AGUAGGCCCGGAUGGCACCGCUGAAUGGACUCGCCUCCCGGGCAGUGGCGUCAGUGCGACUGCGCGCGAGCCGGGUGCCGCGGUACUUAAUUUCGCUGCGCCUAGCGUCUCAGGUAGCCAUGCGGAGAGCGGACCCCGAGCUGCCCGCGAAGCGGCCUCGCUGCGAUGGCAGCCCAAGAACGCCGCCGAGCACCCGUCCUGCAGCUGCCAACGCGUCUCCGGGCUCCGAACUCCACAUCGACCUCACGACCUGGGAUGUGGAGGACGUGUGCUCCUUCUUGGAGGGAGAAGGCUUCCAAGAGAAGAAAGUGCUGGACAACUUCAAAAAAAGAGAGAUCACUGGUUCGUUUCUGCCCUUUCUCAAUGAGUCUCUUCUUGAAGAUCUUGGAGUAAGUUCCUUGGAGGAGAGGAAGAAGAUGAUUGCAUGUAUCCAAAAACUGAGUCAAUCUCACAUAGAGCUAAUGAAGGUAUUUAAUGAUCCUAUUCAUGGCCAUAUUGAGUUCCACCCUCUCCUUAUCCGAAUCAUUGACACACCUCAGUUUCAGCGGCUUCGCUACAUUAAACAGCUGGGAGGCGGCUACUAUGUUUUCCCAGGAGCUUCACACAAUCGCUUUGAACACAGUCUGGGAGUUGGGUACCUAGCAGGCUACGUCGUUCGAGCACUGGCUGAAAAACAGCCGGAGUUGCAGAUCAGUAAGCGAGAUAUACUUUGUGUUCAGAUUGCUGGGCUCUGCCACGACCUCGGUCAUGGGCCAUUUUCUCAUAUGUUUGAUGGAAGAUUUAUGCCACUUGCUCGCCCAGAUAGAAAUUGGAAGCAUGAAGAAGGCUCAGUUGACAUGUUUGAUCAUCUGGUUACUUCUAAUAACCUCGAACCUAUCAUGAGAAACUAUGGUCUCGUCCCUGAAGAAGAUAUUUUCUUUAUCAAGGAACAAAUUUGGGGACCAGAUCAAAAGACACCAAGCAAAGACUCUUUGUGGCCCUAUAAAGGACGUCCUGUCGAGAAGAGCUUCCUCUAUGAGAUAGUAGCUAACAAAAGAAAUGGCAUCGAUGUGGACAAAUGGGAUUAUUUUGCCAGGGACUGUCACCAUCUUGGAAUCAAAAAUAAUUUUGAUUACAAACGCUAUGUUAUGUUUUCCCGUGUCUGUGAAGUGAAAGGCAAUGAAGGUGGCUGUAAGAUGAAGCACAUCUGUACUAGGGAAAAGGAGGUUGGAAAUCUGUAUGACAUGUUCUACACACGCAGCAGCUUACAUCGCAGAGCUUAUCAGCAUAAAAUCAGCAACCUCAUCGAUAUAAUGAUCAAAGAGGCCUUCAUCAAAGCAGACCCCUACGUGGAGAUUAUAGGGACCGGUGGGAAGAAGUGCCGUAUCUCUACAGCCAUUGAUGACAUGGAAGCCUUCACUAAGCUGACGGAUAACAUUUUUCUGGAGAUUUUAAACUCUGCUGAUCCACGGUUGUCUGAGGCACGAAGUAUUUUAAGGAGCAUCGAAUGCCGUGAUCUAUACAAGUAUUUGGGUGAGACCCAGCCAAACGGUCAGCCCAAGAUUAGGAAGGAAGAGUACGAACAGCUUCCCCAAGAGAUUGUUAACACCAAACCUGAUGUGUACCUGGAAGCCCAAAUGAAGGCCGAAGAUUUCAUAGUGGAUGUUAUCAACGUGGAUUAUGGAAUGGAAGACAAGAAUCCAAUUGACCAUGUUCUCUUCUAUAGUAAAAAUAACACAAAGCAAGCAGUCAGGAUCUCUAAAGAACAGGUGUCACAGUUUCUGCCACAGAAAUUUGCAGAGCAGCUCAUUCGAGUGUACUGUAAGAAGAAAGACAGAAAGAGCCUGCAUGCUGCUCGGCAGCAUUUCAUUCAGUGGUGUGCGGACAGAGACUUCACCAAACCGCAGGAUGGUGACAUCAUGGCCCCACUUAUAACUCCGCAUAAAUGGCAGAAUGAUUAUCCAGGUUACCGCCAAGAAGCGUCCAAAGCCAAAACACAACUACAGUUUUAAGUGAAUGCCUGCAAUCAGUUCUUUACGCAAACCUCUUCCUCUCUCCACAAUUAAGUUAGGAAAUAUAAUCAGAGUCCACUAGUGAUUUUUAGUUAGUGUUUUGAGUGUAUGCACAUGCUGAAGGGUAAGUCAUUUUUAUUCAAAAUGAAAAGUGGUAAUGUUAGCAUAAGUUUGCUAUGCUUACUGUGGAGGUCUGAAUGAGAACGGCCUCCAUAGUCUCAUAUAAUUGAGUGCUUAGUCACCAGGAAGUAGAACAGUUUGAAAGGAUUAGAAGGAUCAAGAGGGGCGGCCUUGUUGGAGGAGGUGUGUCACUGGGGGUGGCCUUUGAGGUUUCAAAAGCCCGUGCCAGGUCCAAUCUCUCUGCCUGUGGGUCAAGAUGUAGCUCUCAGCUACUGCCAUGCUCCCCACCGUGAUGAUAGUGGACUGAGCUUCUAAAACUGUAAGCAGCCCCCAUUAGCUGCUUUCUUUUAUAAGAGUUGCCUUGGUCAUGGCGUCUCUUGACAGCAAUAGAACAAUGACUAAGAUACCUACUAUGAAAAGCAUUAGCUUGUGUGUUUUCAGCAUUAUUGAAGCUUUUCUCCUUUAGCUACCUAUUUUCUCAGGAUAACUCUCCCAUCUAUUUUGAACUCUUAGGACAAAUGAUUGCCUUUUGUUUUUAACGUAUAAAUUGAGACAAGGGCACAAAUUGGAAUUCAAAGUUGAAAUAAACAAAAUCUUAGACCCCCUGAGAGGUGCCCCUCACCCUGCUCCUCCCAGGAGAGAAAACCACCAUCCCCUUCCAUCCCUGCCAAGUGCUAGGCGCAGAGAGCAUCGGACAGCUUUGUUGAGAGGAACUGAGCAUGCCAGGCAAGUCCUCUAUCACUGAUCUGCCGCUCCGUCCUGUCUCCAAGUCUAACCCCCCUGCCUGCUAUAGGAGGUGCUAGGGUUGGAGGGUACCUCACACCAGAUGGCUCCCUGAGUCUGAUGUGGUUCCAGACAAGAUCAACUCCUUUGUACUUGAAACCACUCCAGCCCCAAAGAACUCACCACAGCCAGCUGGGGACAAACUUUCUUCCACCUCUUCUGAGUUGGACUGCUCAGCUGUUCAGAGAACGCCACAGACACCGUCCUGACUGCUCUCACUUGGAAUUUCACCGCCACUGCUUCAUUGUGUUUACAGGUUUCAGAAUAUUCCGGACUGUAUUUGUGAGCCUAAUGGUCUAGAUGGCUCAGGAUCCCCCAUGUAGCUAGCUUGCUGUUCCUAGCAGUGCAGAGCCAUUGAGGUUGCGCAGUCACCCUUGCUGCUCCCCUCACCUGCGCUGUGCACAGCUUCACUAAGAACCAAGUCUAGUUGGAACCGAAAGGGGUAGUAACCAGAAGUGCUGGAGAUGUGGGCAGUAGGGACCGAGGCAGGAGCUGCAGAUGACAUCUUAGUCAUGAUACUCCGCUAAGUGAGGAGGCAGCCCUGGCAGCGGGCGGCUUGAAUACACCGACGGCUUGCUAUGCCACCUCUCCCCUCUGGGUAGCCAGGUUCUAUUUUGUUCACUCAUAGGUGAAAGAGUAUUUGGUGUGUCUGCCUCUGUGAGCUCAUAAACGCACAAGGGAGGUGCUAGCUCGCCCCUGCUAGCCACAUGCCUCUCUGACAUUCAGGGAGAUGGCCAGAGGUUCUACCUCCACGUGCCCAAACUCGAUGUUAAGAAUGGUAUAUUUUUCUGCUACUAUUGCUUUAUUUUUGCCAGUCUUGUUUUUAAAUCCUUGUGGUUUAUUCUGGCAUUUUGUACCUAAUUUUGUACUGUGAUAUCCGGGAAACAACACACCCCUUUUAUGCACAAGACAACUAUAGUUUGUGCCUUUGAAGCUGUUUUCAUUGUUGAGUACCUGUUUUCAAGACUGCAUAAAAAUGGAGAUUUUUAA